GUGUAUAACAGAAAAUGGGCUUUUAUUUAGUGACGCAUCAAACCCACGCACCGCCGGCUCCAUCUUCCUCGCAGCGCCGGCGCAGAUCUUCUGCUCCUUCCCCCACUUGCGCUCAGUGGCGCUCAGGCUCGGUCCCAGGGAUCGGCGGCGUCCAGCGACGGAGGGGCAGUCCCAGGCUCGGCGGCGGCUCCCCCUCCCGCCUCGCGCCCUCGCCUCCGUCCUCCGCGCACCGGCCGGCGACCCUGCGUGGAUGUCAAAUUUUUGUUGACAAGUUGAAGACUACUAACUAAUUUGAUCCUGAGGUGAAGAAGUAAUGAUCCGCCCAGGCUCAAAGGAGUCACAAAAUUAUGAUAUCAAUAAUCAAAGAGUUCAUCCUCAACCAAUUGAUGAGAACAUGACUCAGAACGGGGACUCAAUGGACACUAUGAUCGGGAGGAUAUUCAACAACAUAUCCUCUUUAAAAUCUGCAUACAUUCAGCUGCAGGAAGCGCACACCCCUUAUGACCCUGACAAAAUCCAGGAAGCUGAUAAGCUUGUCAUAGAGGAGCUUACAAGACUUUCAGAACUCAAGCAUGCUUACAGAGAAAAACAUCCUAAGCCAGUAGCUGCAUCUCCUCAAGAUUCGCGCUUGCUUUCUGAAAUACAAGAGCAGCAGAAUUUGUUGAAGACCUAUGAGGUCAUGGUAAAGAAGUUCCAGUCUCAGAUCCAGACUAGAGAUACUGAGAUAACCCAUUUACAACAGCAAAUUGAUGAAGCUAAACUUCGGAAAUCAAAGCUAGAGAAGAAACUGAAACAAAGGGGCCUACUUAACAAGGAAUCAGAGGAAUCUGACGAAGAAGAGAACUACUUCUCUAUUGAGUUGACACCAAGUUUGUUUACAUCUGCUGUUGAUAACGCAUACCAGUCGAUACAUGACUUCUCAAAGCCUUUGAUCAACAUGAUGAAGGCUGCAGGUUGGGAUCUUGAUGGGGCUGCUAAUGCCAUUGAACCUGGUGUGGUUUACACAAGAAGGGCCCACAAGAAGUUUGCUUUUGAAUCCUAUAUUUGCCAAAGAAUGUUCAGUGGGUUCCAAGAAGAGAGCUUUGCUAUCAAGGAUUCUAACAUCAGUUUUUCCAAUGAGGCUUUCUUCCAUCAAUUCCUCGCAGUGCGAGCCAUGGAUCCGCUAGAUGUCCUGAGCCAGAACCCGGACUCAGUAUUCGGAAAGUUCUGCAGAAGCAAAUACCUAUUGCUUGUGCAUCCAAAAAUGGAAGGUUCUUUCUUCGGCAACAUGGAUCAGAGGAAUUACGUCAUGAGCGGUGGCCAUCCAAGGACACCUUUCUACCAGGCAUUCCUGAAGCUAGCAAAGUCCAUAUGGUUGUUGCACAGGUUGGCGUAUUCCUUUGAUCCAAAGGCAAAGGUAUUUCAAGUGAAAAAGGGAAGUGAGUUUUCGGAUAUCCACAUGGAGAGCGUCGUGAAGAACAUCAUCCUAGAAGAGGGUGCAGAGAGGCCGAAAGUUGGCCUGAUGAUUAUGCCUGGUUUCCUGAUUGGGACCAGCGUGGUACAGUCCCGAGUGUAUCUGUCAGAUGUGAAGUACGCUGACUAACUGAAGAUGCCACAGUACACAAUAAGCCUGAGGGUACUUUGCUUCUUGGGAGAGCUACCAGCUGCAUAAGUUUAAGGUGGACUGUGUGUGUCUUGUAUGUAAUGCGUGAGACCUGUUGUUUCUCUGUCGUGCUGGUUUGGACGCCUUUGUGAAGAUUUCCAUGUGCUAUGUGAUUCUGUCCAAUGGGCUUUUGCCGUUUUCAGGAUUAGUACAAUAUGUUCCUGUUUCCCAAUGUUGCGUUUCCCUGUGCUAUACUGCUGUGUAAUCCUGCCCAAUGUUUUGUACAUGUUAUCAGUGUGAUUGGAGAGCUUAUCUGAUGAUUGUAUAGGCUGCACUUCUCAUCUGAAA